CCAUAAUUAUCAUUUUUAUCCAGGACUGCCAUUCUUGUUCAUUGCAAUACCGACAACAUUUGAACGUAUGGAGUUGUCUCCCGUAAUCGGAUUCUUCUUGUUUAUCUGCAUUUUCCUGUUCGGGCUUCAUCACCAGGCUAUUCAUCUCAUUGCGAUAUGGGAAAACCUUCUUCCAUCUACACCAAAAUUCAUCAUGUCUUAUUUCCGCAGACGAGAAUUCCUCGUGGCCGCCGCGUGCGGUGUUUCCUUUCUACUGUCUAUCUCAUAUGCGAUACAAGGAGGUAUCCACCUGUAUGCUAUUGUGAAUGACUAUGUGGACCGUCUGAUAUUUACGAUGAUCAUAAUUUCAUCUGUACCAUUUAUUGUCGGUUACAUUAAACAAGAAGUGCUGUACAUCCCUAUAGAGAGAGCGUUUAUGAGUUUAUGGUAUGGUCUUGCAGCGUUAAUUUCAUCAGUGUUGUUGGUAUAUUACUUUGCUGUGUACGUGUACCCGACCCCAGUUGUUGGGUAUGAACAGAGAUGGGCGGAAACUCUUGGCUGGGUCAUUGCUGUUGCACCAAUCGCCAUCUGUCUUGUUCUGGGUGCCGUUCAUGCCGUUUUCAAACAAAAGGGAACAAUAAAACAGAGACUUAUUCAGUCCCUAAGGUCUGAAUCAUUUAAUGCUGCCGAGUCAAGUAACGAGUAUACAUCCGCUGAAACCGGAGACACCAUGCUACAAAAUACGCAUACAACAGAGGAACCAGCAACCGACAAACCGGAAGAAGAACCAGUCUACGAGAAAACGGAAACGGAAGUGUUUAUACAGCCGACAGAUGAAAUUGAUCCUGUAAACGUUUGAUCAAUAUUCUUAGAAAUUUAAUUAUUCUAGAUGGAUACACGAUAAGAGGGACCUAACUGCAGUAAUGGGCUUUUGUGAAUAGCACAUUGGUAUUCAUUUUAUUGGUAUUCAUUAUAUUCUGUCGUAUGAUACCAAAAGGUGGAUUGAAAAAGAAAACAGUGCAAUAUUACUGAUGGAGGCAAAAUUUGUGGUGCUGGUUUUGAAAAUAUAUAAUAUGUGUUCUUUGUGUUGUAAGAUAAUUGGAAACUUCAUGUAAAGCAUCACCCAUUCGUUCAUUUUUCAAAAUCUAGCCGCAAACUUCAUUUAUCAGUAUAUUUUGGGCCACUUGACAAUUGGUUGGUGUUAUGAAUGUCCUAUUUCAAACAGAAUAGUUUGAAGCAUUACGUGGUUGUGAAUGGUACUUUUUAUAUAUACUGUAACAGAAAGUGGGAUCAGAAGAAGGUCGUUUCAGGUGGGUAUAUGCUUAUGUUGUGGUUAUCUCGUUCUUGCAUACCGAACGAGGGAGUCCAGCACUUUCACUGAUGCUGAAACAUAUCCGGAGUGUAAAAUGAGCAGUGUAAGAUGGCUCUCGUACUUUUCCCUUUAGUAUUUUUCUCAUACAAAAAGCUUACUUUAACCGUUUUCUUUGAAACAUAAUGACGUCAUUCUUGUUUUCGGACGUUGAUUUUAUAUUUAUCAUUGUUUGAUGAAAAUGGUAUGCAAGGAAAAGAUUCUAUCACUGUAUAUGGGAAUUUCGGGCGGUUGAGUAACUGUUUACGCUAUAACUCGACAACGCUUCCUGCUGUCAAAGCAGGUACCUUGGAGCCGGUUAGACCUAUCUGCAACUAAUAUUAUGGAAUUUCAAGGGAGACGAAUAAUCACUGAUUUAAAAUGGAUAUCAUGUCGUUUUACUGUUUAACUGUUUUAUGUUUUAGUGCAAAUGAAAUGUAUCGAUUUCUCGGCAUAGCGUGUGUAUAAAUAUUGGCAAUUAUCUUUCUGUUGUAAGAUAUCAUUCUUAAAUGUCUCCAGUUUGUAAUUACUGAAAAACUAUCAUUUUGCCGUUCCAUGAGAAAGUGUAUUAGUGACAUGAUAUAAUUAUUGCAUGUUAUUUGUGUUGUCACUGCAGCCAUAAUUGCAAAGCACAAAUGCACCAUGAAAAAACAGAGGUAUUUAGAUAAAAGGCGCAUUAUGAAACAAAAACUACACAGUUAUCUAAAUUUUCAAAUGGAUGGUGUUUAAUAAAGUUAGUUAUACGCAUAAUUUGUCAGGAUAUCCGCCAUUUUGGACAAAUGUUUCUUCUAGUAUUUCUUUUUAACAAAAUUAUGACAAAAAUUGAUACUAAGUAAUUAAAAUAUGGCUAAUAAUGUACGAUUUGAUGAAACAGAUUCUGACUGACACUUGCCUAAAGUUAAUGUAGUAGGGGUCGGUAAUUUCAAUUAUCUAUUAAAGCAGAUCAUGUUGGUUCUGAUAUUUUUCUGUCUGAUAAAUAUAAUGAUAGAAAAGUGUUCAAAAUAGCACUUUAUAUUAUCUAGGAAGUAUAAAUUAAAACAAAAAGAACUACAUAUAUCAAAAUUCAACAGUUUUUAAAGAUUUUUUUCUAAAUAUAUCUCUUAGAUUCACGGUGACAACGACAUUUUUUCCAUUUUGAAGCAUUUUUGUUUGUCACUAAAGCAGCAAAACAUUUUUAAAAUCUUAACAUCUAUGCUUGUAUGGUACUGAUAUCACCUUGUUAUCCAUAGUAACCUGUAAGACCUUUUAACAUUAAGUGGGAUAUGAUAUGUUUUAUAAAGUACCCUUUUUUCAAUUUUACUUAAUUUCAGAAAUGCUUAGUGGGUGAAAAAAAAUAAAAACGAGUACGGUGACCUGUGCUUUUUUUGCCCUUGCUUAUGUUCUUCAAGCUCACAGAGUACGAACUGAUCCUUCAACCUUAUAUAUAUAAAUGUCACUUCUCUAAAUGCCAUGUGUGACUUACUUAAACACACUGUAAGUCUUGAAAAAGUGAAGGUAAUUGCUUCAAAUUUUCAGAUUUUAAAGUUAAAUUUGAAUUUGAAUUUUGAAUUUUUGUCACUAAUACAGGUUUUUUCAUGGAACGGUAGAUAUAUAUUUGGUGAUCAUGAAGUUAUAAUUUUUUUUUCAUUGUACCAUUGCAUUAGAUGGCAAUAAAAUGCCUUUGAAAUAUUUCUUGAUCAUGUGAAUAAGCUUUAACUCAUUUCCUAAUUAUUGUUUGAUACCUCAUUUCGUUAAGUCUGACAGAUAUUUAUUUAGUGCGAAUAGGAAAAAAUGAAGUUUGAUGUAAAACGUUAUCUCUUUUUGUGCAUUUAAUGGGACCGAAAGCAAAGCUGGGCUUAUAUAAUUUGCAAACAUUCGAAUAAAAUAUGUCAAAAAAGCUUUCAUAAUCCUUAUUUUAGAAAGCUGAUCUGCGUCACUAAAUAAUUUUCUCAAUGAAAACUAUUUCUUAAAUCUCUUCAUGGGCAACCUGACGUCAUAAUGUGUGAAAUUAAGUGGAUAAAAACAGUCCACGGUUAAAAAUAGCAAAAAGAAAUAAGCAAACGAACUGAAUUUAAUUUUUAUUAAAAUUUUAACAACAAAAACUUUGACAAAUUCAAGUAUUGAUGACAUCAGAAUGAAGAAAAAAUUCAAUGAAAUAAAACAAGAUAAGAAUGUUUGUACAAAAUUAAUUAUUCUGUCAAUUCAGCAUUUAUACUUUGACUUUAAAAUAAAAAGCCUAUUUGACAAAAUAAAUGUACAAAUUAGA